AUGACAAGCGUCGACGAGGUCAAGAGCUUGCAGAACGGUCUAUUGGCAGGAGACUCGGCCAAGGACGCAAAGAACCCAAGCUUGCAUCGUCUGCACGAGGACGCAAAAGAGAUGUCGACGAUUCAUUCUUAUCAUGAAACCGUGUCGCCUCAAAGCACGCUUAAACAAGAGGAAAUUGCAGCAAAUUUCAGCACCCACCUUGUCGACGACGCCGAGUUGACGCGGCCUUUUCCCGUGCCAGAGUGGCACUCGACACAGCUGGAUAACUCUGUGAUGCAACUAGGCUCGCCCAUACACGAACACGACAGUCAGUUUAAAAACAACAACACCGACAAGACGGAGGAAGAAGAAGAAGAAGGAGAAGAAGUCGAACAAGAACCAAACUCGCGCUACGACUCGUCCCGGCUGCUCGCUGACAAUGUCAAUGACAUUGCCCACAACAUGCCUCCUCGCAUGCCGGGCACGUUCAACGUGAAUGGGUUGACGAGCUUGGAAGACGAAGUCGAGUACAAUAAGCUGAUUGAGAGCAUAAACAGAACCAAGCUGAGAAACUCGGAGCGGGCCCACGCAGAGAGUCCCUUGACUUUUGAAGAAGACGUUGGUGCUGCGGAUCUUGGUGAUGUCGAUGCCAUUCGCGAGAUUGGAGAAAACUCAAAUCACUCGGCGAAUGCUCCACCAUCUUUUGCAGAGCCCUCUGAGCAAGAAGCAUCAGCUGCUGCUGCUGCUGCUGCAGAAGGAGUCUCUAAUAACAAAGGGGCUACAAGUGGAUUUGAGACGCUGUCGCUUAACGAGUCCUCCUCCUGUCUGACCCCUUCGAGACCCGCACAUGACCAAUCGAGAGAAUCCAGACAAUCAAGUUCCAAUUUGAGCAAUUACCAUCUAAGCACAAACCCAAACUCGUCGAGGAUAUCGCAAUUGUCAAACUUUAGGUCAAUGUUGGACCCUGGUUUGCAAGCGCAGGGCUCCACCGCAGUGGACUUGGACCACUACCUCAAAACGAAUGACGAAUUCGAUGAUGACUCGUCGAGUCUAAUAGCAAGCUCGCCAAACGCACUGAGAAGUAAUAUUUUGCAAAAGAUUCCAAGUGUUGGAGAUGGAAAUGGAAAUGAAAAUGGAAAUGAAAAUGGAAAUGAAAAUGGAAAUGAAAAUGGACACGGGAUUGGAAAUGGAAUUGGAAAUGGAAGUGGAUAUGAAAUAGCUGACAGUACGCAACAGUCGUAUCCCAAGACAGUCUCCACUGCCAACACCGCUACUCAGCUGCAGUUCAAUCAGACUCCUUCUGUGGACUCUGACAUACCGCUUCGCAACGACAGAAGCUUUUCGAGCACUUCCACCGUGAUUAGGAGCGCAAGACCAGCUGCUCCAACUUCAAACACCUUGUCCUAUCACAACCGCACCGAGGCCAUCCCUCCUGUUGUACCGCAAACUCAACCGAGAGAAAGCCCUGAAAAGUCUGCGUUUUCUUCUUCAUCAACCUUGAUAAGCUCGGGAGGAGUUGCAAGAAGCGGCUCCUUGGCGAGAGACAAUUUGUCAAUGGGUCUCAACCUGCCUUCUCCCUCGUCAAAGAAUGGCAAAAAGAAAAAGAAUUCGAAAAAAGUGCGCCAUGUAUUCUCGUCCAUGUUUGGUAAGUCGCGGCAAUCGCAAGCGGGGCCCCUGUCACCAGAGAUCAAUAUGAAAAUCAGUACUCCGUUCAACGCCAAGCACUUGGCUCAUGUCGGCGUGGACGAUGACGGCUCAUACACGGGUUUGCCUCCUGAGUGGGAAAAAUUGUUAGCAGCAAGCGGUAUCACCAAGACUGAGCAGCAGCAGCAUCCGCAAGCAGUAAUGGACAUCGUUGCAUUUUACCAGGAUACAAACAAGAACCCCGAUGACAAUGCGUUCAAAAAAUUCCAAUUCAAUGAUAGCAAGAGCAGCUCGAGCUGGUCGAUCAAUAAUGGCAGCACCUCUCCUGCUACUCCAAGCGAAGCAUUUGGAAGUCGCGCACUGAGUUCUUCUUUGCUCGACAAGACCUCGGACGAUACCGUUCUUCCUCAAUCGUCGACUGGACCUUCAGACGAUGCAAUUGCUUCUACAUCGGACGAGCUUGAACGAGAUUAUCAACGAGAACAUCAACAUCAACAUCAACAUGAGCAAGAACAUGAACAUGAACAUGAACAUGAAAAUAAACAAGUGCCGCAAUCACAGCCGCCAGAGACGCCAACUUCUCAGUACGAGCAUCAGUUCAUUCCAAGUCGGCCCGCACCAAGACCACCUCCGACUCCAUCUUCUUCCUCGUACAUCCCGGUACAGACUCCGCCUUCGCAGGAUAACAAAACAGCUUCAUACUUGCAGCACGAUCUGAGAAGACCGCUGGUGGACGUGUCGCCAAGCAAAGUCAAUAACCGUUCGCUUUCAUCAAAGUCCUUAAAGACCCUCAAGUUUCGCGGAAGCGGAAUAGUGGAAAAGUUUACCAAUAUUUCGUCGCCGCCGCCACCGCCUCCACUUGCGUCGUCGUCGUUGUCGUCGAUUCCCAAAUCCAAGUCUCACUCGGCAUCAUUAUCCAAUCAGCUCAAGCACGCUGUACCUGCUCCGAUAUCUGGACCCACCACUGCUCCAAUCACACCAAGUGCCAAAUUCGAAGGCGGUAAUGUGUUGCCCAAGCAGCGGAAACACGAGUUUACAUCACACAGAGCACCUCCUCCGCCUCCAGUGCCAGUUAGCGACCAGCAGCGCGCACCUCCAAGAGGCGACUUGAAAGAGCUGCAUCCGGGUUCUCUGGUUAACGUUUAUGAAGUGCAGCAGAACAAAUACCAAGAGGCUCAGCAAAGGCUUCGAGAUCAAAAGGCAAGGGAGCUUGCUGAAAUUCAGAGGAAACAGCAAGCAAGGAAAUUACAGCAAGAAGCACAGCAACAGCAGCAACAGCAACAGCAGCAAUCUAGCCAUCAUCAUCAUCAACAACAGCCUCCUGCUACUCCCCAGGUUCCAGAAAACCCGCAUCGAGCUCCACAAGUUCCAUUAAACGGCGCAGUUGCCACCCCACCUCCCCAGAAAUCGGGACAAGGCCCCGUUCGUGACGCCAAGCAAGCAGCACUUUUAGCACAGAAAAAGAGAGAAGACAAAAAGCGCAAGAACCAGCAGAUUAUCGCCAAAUUGCAGAGCAUCUGUACCGCAGGAAACCCCAACGAAUUGUACACGGAUUUGGUCAAGAUUGGACAAGGUGCCUCUGGUGGUGUGUUUAUCGCGCGUGAUGUUCAAAACAGGAACCGCACCGUGGCAAUUAAGCAAAUGAACCUCGAACAGCAGCCAAAGAAGGAGCUCAUCAUCAAUGAGAUUCUCGUGAUGAAAGGCAGCAAGCACCCCAAUAUCGUCAACUACAUUGACUCGUUUCUUCUCAAGGGCGACUUGUGGGUAGUAAUGGAGUACAUGGAAGGUGGCUCCUUGACGGAAAUCGUCACCCACAGUGUCAUGACCGAAGGCCAGAUUGGUGCCGUUUGUCGAGAAACUUUGAAAGGACUCAAGUUUUUGCACUCGAAAGGUGUCAUUCACAGAGACAUCAAGUCGGACAAUAUCUUGUUGGACAUCAACGGCAAGAUCAAAAUGACCGAUUUCGGAUUCUGUGCGCAAAUCAACGAAAUCAACCUCAAGCGUACAACAAUGGUGGGCACCCCUUACUGGAUGGCGCCCGAAGUCGUUUCCCGGAAAGAGUAUGGCUCAAAAGUGGACAUUUGGUCUUUGGGGAUCAUGAUGAUCGAGAUGAUAGAAGGCGAACCUCCCUAUUUGAACGAGACUCCCUUGCGUGCCUUGUAUUUGAUUGCCACCAACGGAACGCCUUCUUUGAAAGAACCCGAGGCACUAAGCUACGACAUAAGGAAAUUCUUAUCGUGGUGUUUGCAAGUUGACUCGACCAAGAGAGCCAAUGCCGACGAGUUGCUUCUGGAUAAAUUCGUUUUGGAGAGUGACGACGUUAGUAGUCUAAGUCCCUUGGUAAAAACUGCCAGAAUGAAAAAGGCUAUGGAUGAAGAAUAA